CCCUCCGUUGCCCCGAGCAACCGCAGCGACGCCGGCGGCUGGGAGCUCCGGGGCUGCGCGACGCCGACCCCGGCUGCAGGCAGACAGAAGUGUGAUUGUUAAGUUAUCAGUAUUCCUUUAAUUUAAACCUGAUAUUGCAGCCCAGAAAAAACAGCUAAAAAAGAUGAGGAAGUUGACAUUUCUAUGGCAAGCAUUGGUCACCCAGAAAUCUUUCCAAUGGUAUUCACUGAAAAGACGCAAGAAAUUUUUAAUUGCCGAGUUAACGAAGACAUCACAGAAGAAAACCCUUUCAAACUUCUGAAAAAAGAGGACAUAAUUCAAGACAUGAAGACAAGGGCUGCAAUCUCCGAUUUCCACCCAGUCAAAAAAGUAGUCUUAGAGUAUCCAGGAGAAGAACUUCUGAUAGUCUUAGACACGGAGUUCAAAUAUGGACAGAACUUUUAUCUGGUUGCAACUGAAGAGGCCAAAGAAAACUUUUUAAAUCCCCCAGAACCAGUGGGAGAAGGAGGAGAAACUAAAGAAGGGACACCUGAGGAAUUUGUUUACAAGCCUCCUGUCCCUAAACCUUGGGUCUCUCUUGGCAGCGAAAAGGAAGUUGAAGAAGAAUCAGUUAAAGAAACUGUCACAAAGAUUAAAUAUGAGAUUUCUCGAUUGCGCAGACAGUUUGGUGCAGCAGUAACAUUUACCGAUCGAAAUGCUUCCAAUGUGAAAGAUGGCUACAUUGAAUGUACAUCCUAUCAGGAUAAAAAUUUCAGCAUUAAACAGCUUGAAAGAGAUGUUGGGGCACAGUUUGUUCCAAAAGUAAGGGAAACAAGUACUCAGACAAAAUGGACUUACCCAAGAAAUGCAACAACCCAAUAUUUUCCUAGAGAGUUCUCAAAUGAAGAAAAAGAGCAGUGUUUAUCAUCUGACGAUCUGAAAAAAUUUAUUACCUCAGUGUUCUUACGAGUGGAAAUAGCAUUGCAGCAAAAUGAAAUAAUGAAUGCUUUUUUUGAUGACUGGAAAGCACUAGCAGAAGAUGAAAGCAGUUUUGGUGGCAAGUCAGAUGCUUACCUUAAAGAAUACCAAUCAUUUACAGACCUGCACUCUCUGAAGAACAGAACCGUUACCUGUAUUGGCUGGCACCCAACCAUUUAUGGGAUUAUAGCAGUGUCAGUGACAGAAAGACUUACUUAUGAAGAUCGAGUUAACCUAUCUGGUAAACUGCUACUGUGGAAGUCAUUGAUCCUUUUCUGGAGUUUCUCUGACCCUAUUCACCCUCAGUUACUGCUGGAGUGCCCUGAAGAUAUUUUCUGCUUUCAGUUCUGUCCAAGUGAUCCCAAUAUCAUUGCUGGAGGCUGUAUAAACGGACAGGUUGCACUGUGGGACAUUUCUGAAUACGAAGAGAAGCUUCAAAAUGCUAAAACUGGAGCUGGUGGAAGCAAGAAUACUGCUGUUAAUAUGCCUUCAUUUAUACAAGCACAACAAAGUGGUAAGGAGCCACAUUUUGUGAGAUACUGCGCAGUCUCUUCCAUAGAAUAUGGCCAUAAAGCAGUAGUAACAGAUAUACAUUGGCUGCCAGAUUAUUUUGAGGUCAACAAAAUGGGCCUUACUUUUGAAAACAGAGCUGGAGUGUGUGUGCAGCUUGUAACCUGCUCUGCGGACUGCUUGAUAUUGUUUUGGGAUAUUCGAGCUCCCAAACUGAAUGUGCAGGCUUCAUCUGAGAAAACAAAAGAAGAGAAAGCAAUUGAGGCACCCCCUGAUGUCCCUACUACUUUUACACAUUUAGACCUCAGUUGGAGACCUCUCAUGAAGAUAAAUCUAUCCAAGAGUGAUACAAGUGGAGACUACAGUCCUACCAGAAUUAGCUUCACUGAAGAGCAUUACCAUUACAAAAUACAAGAUAAGGCACAAUCCCAGCUCCAACCAAAACUAUUUAUAGACGGAAGUCCUUAUAAGCAGUUAAGGGUCCCUUCAGCCAAACCUCUUAAGCUGCUGGAGAAUGUCCCCACAAACUUUUUUGUUGGAACUGAAGAUGGUGAACUCAUUUAUUCCGACUGGAAGAUGGAAAGAGAAAGUGACACGGGAAGACUGAUUAGUCAGAAACCAGCUAAUAAAUAUACCAUCCAUGAUGGAAUUGUCAAUACUGUACAGAGAUCUCCGUUUUUUAAAGACAUCAUUCUUAGUAUUGGAGGCUGGAAUUUUGCCAUAUGGAAAGAAGGUGUUACAAGUGGACCAAUACUUCAAUCAUGUUGCUCCCCAAAAAGAUAUACAGUAGGACACUGGUCCUUGUCAAGAGCAGGAGUAUUUUUCAUCGGUAGAGAAGAUGGGAAUAUUGAUAUUUGGGACCUACUGGAGAAAACUCAUGAACCAUCCCAGACCCAGAACAUCUCUAUAUCCAUGAUCACCUGCAUUAAACCCUGGAUUGUCUCUUCAAAGCAGCAUUUUUUAGCCAUAUCUGAUGACUUGGGAACACUACAUAUUUUAGAAAUCUCUUGGACGUUAAGUCAUCCUUCAAGCAAUGAGCGUGCCAGUGUCCUUCAUUACUUUGAGAGAGAAGUCAAACAUCUGGAUUACUUUCAACAGCGACAAGAAUUCCGAGCUAGAGAAAGAAAAGAAAUAGAGUUAGAAAAACAGAGAAAUAAAACAAGAGUGGUUCAUCCACAGAAAUCAAAAGAACAAAUGGAAGAACAGAUGAAUAUGGAUUAUUUGGAGUUUCUAGAGGUAGAAAAGAAGAUACUGAUAGACCUUGGACUGCUAAGGGAGCCAGAAAGACACGCCUCUUGAUUGGACUAGAACAGGACAUGGCUAGCAUAGCCAACUUGCAUUUUUGUUUUCAAGACAUCUUAUGGUCUUGUGAAACUUGUACAUAUGUAAUUAGAUAUAUAUUUAGUUCGACAAUUGUAGAGAUAAAUUGCCUAAUACCUUGGCAGUAGUAGCCCACUAGUUUUAUUAAGUCAUUUACUUAGAGUUGUAGAUAAGAGAAAAUAUGCUUCAUGUAUAUAUUCCCUGCAUUGUCACCCAUGAGUACUGUUAAACAAACAUGAGCAGUCUACUGUUUU